UGUGUAUACCGACAUUUCUUUUGCGGUGAGCAAUCAACAUGAUCGGUAGCAGCUGGGUGGGGUGCGGCGAAAAAUGUGCAUUUCCACAUCUUCUCAUAUUUUAGUCGUCGCAAAACUGCAACUCGUCGUCAGUGUAUCCAGUCUGCAAUCCCGCACAUGUCGUACAGCGUGUACCGUUCUUGCGUUUAAUUCCUAACCGAGCGCGAAGCGGUUGAGUUUCAAAUAUUCGAUUUCACGUCGUUAUCCAGUUUUAUUAAGUGGUUUGUAAAUUUAUAAGCAGAUAUCAGACAAGAUGUCUCGCGCAGAAAUUAAGUGGGUAACCGAACCCGAUGAUUACGAAUGCACUCUAUCGGAAGAGACUCAGGCCAUCGCUAAGGAGGAGUUACGUGAGGACAAGAAUACUCGUGAUCAGGCACUCGCAUCCAUACGCGAAUGGAUUAUGCAAAAUCCGAAGAUUUUGAACUGCCGUCUCGAUGCCAGAUUUCUACUGCGAUUCUUACGAUUCAAGAAAUUCAGCGUUUUGCAGGCGCAAGAAGCGAUUCAACGUUAUAUUCUUUUAAGACAGACUUUUGGCAUUGCUUUUAAUCAUUUGGACAUUCGUAUUCCCAUGAUGCAAGACCUUACUGAUUUGGGAUAUUUGUUUGCUGUUCCCAAGAGAGAUAAACUUGGCAGGAGGAUUAUUAUUGCUCGACCAGGAGUGUUCGAUUUGGAGCAAUUCACAAAUGCAGACAUGUGUCGCAUACAUGGCGUUGUCUACGAGACAUUGAUGGAAGACGAAGACAAUCAAGUGCGAGGAUUUGUGCACAUCGCGGAUGGCCAAGGCGUGGGAUUCGCCUAUUUGACGUUGUUUACUAUCAAGGAAGCAGUGCGCAUUGUGAAAAAUGGAGAGAAAACUUUACCAAUGCGUCACAAAGAUGUCCAUGUGAUUAAUGUGCACCCAUCAAUGAAAUUUGCUGUAGACUUUGGUUUAUCGCUGAUCUCGGAAAAGAUCCGAAAACGUGUUCAUUUCUAUACAAACUUGGAUGAAUUUUUAAAAGCCGACCUAGUUGACAAAGAGUUGAUGCCGAAAGAAUAUGGAGGGACAAUUCCCAUGAGUGAAAUGAUUGCUUCAUUCAAGAAAGAGUUGUUUGAUGCAAACCCCACUUUGUUAUCACAUGAUAAAAUGGAGGCAAAUGAAGACUUAUUUAGCCACCAAGCAAAAAUUGGUGCAGUUUCUGCACUAAAACGAACCGGCACCAACUGUGGCAGUGAAGGUGAUUCUAUUUACGGAAUCACAGGCAAUUUCCGAAAACUGGAAGUUGAUUAAUUUCGUUUUGUUUGUUGCAAAUUUUAUAGAAUAGUUUUUGGUGAGGGGUAAAUGUUGGCACAUUUGUUAUAGACUGCACAAUAAAAAUGCUUCGUUGAGAAAAUGAAA